AUGGCGGCCUAUAUCCUGAUGGGCUUCUUGUUUACAAAUAAUACAAAUACAGCAUUACCGAUGUUUGGUUUUGGUGGAGUCAGUAUCUCUGGCUGUAUAUGGACAGCUAUUAAGCAGUGUUGCAGUUGUAUUACACCAGAUUUCUGUGGAUGUCACAGUUCUGCAGCCAAAAGUCAAUGUACUUGCAUCAUUUUUGCACUGUUCUGCUUUUCCUUGGAAGAAUCCCAUGGAGGUGCUCCAUCUGUGGUAACUACUAACGGCACAGAAGGUGUAAAACGUUUUGAAAGUCGAAUUGGAGAAAGUUUAAAUGUCAGCAUUAUCAGAAUACCUUGUGCUUCUCCUGCACCGGACUGUCACCCUGCGGACUGUGCAGAAAUUUACAACAACGGAUACAGAACAAAUGGAGUUUAUCAGAUUUACCCAGCAGGGUCAUAUGUACCCGUAAAUGUCUACUGUGACCUUACAACUGAUGGAGGGAACUGGACAGUUUUUCAGAGGCGCAAGGAUGGUUUUGUAAACUUUCGUCGGAAUUGGACUGACUACAAGAAUGGUUUUGGAUUUGCAAAUACAGAAUACUGGUUAGGUCUAGAAAAUAUGUUCCUUUUGUCAAAUAAGAAAACACAUCAAUUAAGAAUUGAUAUGGAGGAUUUUGCUGGUGCCAAAGCCUACGCAAAAUAUGCGAAGUUUUACAUCUCCCCAUAUGCACUGAAUGGUGAAGAAGAUGGAUACAGUCUGUACAUAUCUGGCUUCACAGAUGGUGGUGCAGGGGAUUCAUUAUCCUAUCACUAUGGACAAAAGUUUUCAACUUACGACAGAGAUCAAGAUGCUGCAAACAAUGGUAACUGUGCAUCACUUUAUCAUGGAGGUUACUGGUAUGGAGCCUGCCAUACAUCAAAUCCCAAUGGCCUCUACCUUAGAGGGUCAACUAGCCUACUUGGACAAGGCAUCGUUUGGAGUUCCUAUAAAGGACAGUUAUAUUCUUUGAAAUCAUUUGAAAUGAAAAUGAGACCAGCUUAACUGCAGUAAUAAUCCCCAUCUUAAUGUAAUUAAUACUAUAUUAAAAUCAGAAUAUUAGAAUCAGACUUUUUACUUUGAAAAUUAUGCAACAUUUUUGAGAAAUAAUUUUAUCUUUUUUAA